CAUUGUUUAAGCCUGCUGAUUGGUUGCUGUUGGCGCGAAGGUGGUCCUGGUUUCGUUAUUCGGUGCUUUGGGGACAAAGAGCAGUCUUGCUGUUUUUGCCGACUGUAUAUCCCUCAGGUUGGAUAUAACCACACACACCGAAAUGGCUGAUAAAGAAGCAGCGUUCGACGAUGCGGUGGAGGAGCGGGUGAUCAACGAGGAGUACAAGAUCUGGAAGAAGAACACCCCGUUCCUCUACGACCUGGUGAUGACGCACGCCCUGGAGUGGCCGAGUCUCACCGCGCAGUGGCUGCCCGAUGUCACCAGGCCGGAGGGGAAGGAUUUCAGUGUGCACCGGCUGGUGCUGGGCACGCACACCUCGGACGAGCAGAACCACCUGGUCAUCGCCAGCGUGCAGCUGCCCAACGACGACGCGCAGUUCGACGCGUCGCACUACGACAGCGAGAAAGGAGAGUUUGGCGGUUUCGGCUCGGUGAGCGGGAAGAUUGAGAUUGAGAUUAAGAUCAACCACGAGGGCGAGGUGAACCGCGCGCGCUACAUGCCCCAGAACCCCUGCAUCAUCGCCACCAAGACCCCCACCAGCGACGUGCUCGUCUUCGACUACACCAAGCACCCCUCCAAACCAGACCCUUCUGGAGAGUGCACCCCAGACCUGCGUUUGAGGGGUCACCAGAAAGAGGGGUACGGCCUCUCCUGGAACCCCAACCUGAGCGGCUGCCUGCUCAGCGCGUCCGACGACCAUACAAUCUGCCUGUGGGACAUCAGCACCGUGCCGAAGGAAGGGAAGGUGGUCGACGCGAAGACCAUCUUCACCGGGCACACGGCGGUGGUGGAGGACGUCUCCUGGCACCUGCUGCACGAGUCGCUCUUCGGCUCCGUGGCCGACGACCAGAAGCUCAUGAUCUGGGACACUCGCUCCAACAACACGUCCAAGCCCAGUCAUGCGGUGGACGCCCACACAGCCGAGGUCAACUGCCUGUCCUUCAACCCCUACAGCGAGUUCAUCCUGGCCACCGGCUCGGCCGACAAGACUGUGGCUCUCUGGGAUCUGCGCAACCUCAAAUUGAAACUUCACUCUUUCGAGUCCCACAAGGAUGAGAUCUUCCAGGUGCAGUGGUCGCCCCAUAACGAAACCAUCCUAGCCUCCAGCGGGACAGACAGGCGCCUCAACGUGUGGGACCUCAGUAAAAUCGGAGAGGAACAGUCUCCUGAGGAUGCUGAGGACGGCCCCCCUGAACUCCUGUUCAUCCAUGGCGGGCACACGGCCAAGAUCUCGGACUUCUCCUGGAACCCCAACGAGCCCUGGGUCAUCUGCUCCGUCUCCGAGGACAACAUCAUGCAAGUCUGGCAGAUGGCAGAGAACAUCUACAACGACGAGGACCCAGAGGGAGCGGCAGACACGGAGGUGCAGGGAUGAGACCCCGCCCACCUCUUGCUGCCCCGCCCAUUCCCCACGGCCACGCCCUCUCAAUGAAUAUUCCUGGCACAGUGGCAGAUAGAGCUGCUCUUUAUUUACAAACAGCCAAUCACUGGACAGAGUCAUUUAUAACAGACAGACAAGUGACACAACAGCAAGUUUUUCCAACUUGCAAUUAAUACAAGAAAGAAAAAAAAACAGAAAAUGUAUUUUUUAAAUGAAAAUUGCUCUUGUGGUGUUACAUCUUUUUAAAAAGAAGUGC